UGGUCCUUGUUGUCACUGCACACGUUGGGCUCCCGCUCGCGCACUACUCCGCCGAAUAAACAGAUUUUUUUGUGAAUACGAAAGUAAGAAUUAUAUUGAAGAAAAAACUAACAUUUACGUUAAGGGUCUUGUAUUAUUUCCUACCUACGGCAAUAUUUACUUGUGAUGUAAAACAUUGAUAAUGAUAUCGUCGUACAUAUGUUACGUGUUUUCGUUAAAGUAAAGGAGAGAAUGAAGGCUUGCACGUUAAACCAGUGUUGUUUUAUCUCAAAAAUUUUCAGGGAAGCUUAACAAAAUUAGAGAUGUAUAAGUUAUUUCCUCGAUUAUGCAUAGGUUCUGCUUCAGAUAGUAAACUGCAUGCUAAACAGUGUAAGAAAAAAAAUCGAUGUUACUAUACUAUAAGCUUGGAGGAUGAUAAUCCUGGACACCCAUUAGAAAUAGGGGACAUUAUCAGCUGUCUCUUUACACUCAUUUGUUGUACAGUUUUGUUGCACUCAUUGCAAAUCCUUCUGUUGAAAUUCUUUUACCAUAUUUAGAUAUAGACUUCGAGCGAUUCAAACUCUUCAACCAAUUUUGAAAAAAAAAACACCUAAAAACCCCAAUUUCUAUGGGAAAGUUGAGCCAUGCGUGUGAGAAAAGAAAACCUAACUUCGAGCAAAAAAUCCACACUCUGAAAGCAUUUCUACGACCACGAACAGCAAUCGCCAACAUCUACGCUCAAAAUUCAAUUAUUGCCUAUAUUGAUGCUGACAUAUCUAGUUCUUUCAAAUCCAUCGAUAUGAUGUCUGACUAUGCUGUGAAAAUGGAAUUUGGUGCAGCCGUAAUGUGGACUAUAGAUGGAAAUUAUUGCUAUGGUGACUCUGGAGAAAAGUUUCCACUUCAGAAGACUUUGAACCGAGUGCUUAGAAAUACUUAUUAAGUUAUUGUAAAAAUUAUAGUUGUUACAAUAAAAAAUUUAUGAGAUAUAUAACAAUACACAUUUUUUCAAUGAA